UGUCCCCCCCACCCCGCCCCCGAGGCCGGGUCCGCCCGCGCCCGCUUUGGCCCCCGCGGUGCCGCGCAACUUCCCGGGAGCCCGGGCCAAAGUGAGCGCAAAGUGCUGUCCAAGUUGCCGGGAUGGAGCUGCAGAGCCGGCCCGAGGCGCUCGCCGUGGAACUCGCGCGUCACCAGAACGGCGACCUCAAGAAGCAGCUCCACGAAAGGCAGCCGCGGAUCGCCGCGCUCAGCGACAAACAAGCUUUGGGAGCGAUCACUGCAGUGCCUGUCACGGGUCCUCAGGUCAGCUCCUUGCAGAGGUUGGCCGGGCAAGGAGCGGCAGUGCUACCUCAGGUUAGGCCAAAGACUCUGAUUCCAGACAGCCUCCCCAUUGCCCCGGGCCGGGACCGGCCACCCAAACAGCCCCCAACAUUCCAGAAGGCCACCGUGGUCAGCGUCAAGAACCCCAGCCCAGCCCUCCCCACUGCCAAUAACACUGUCAGCCAUGUGCCAGCGCCCGGCAGCCAGCCUCAGGCCCUCGCCGAGCCCUCCGCCCUCGCCUCUCCGCUGACCAGUGCCGGUGUGGCCUACGCCAUCAUCUCCACCUCCCCCAGCAAUGCCACCGCCAUGGCCCCCAGCACCGCCGUGUCUGUGGUCAGUGACAGCAUCAAAGUUCAGCCCCUCCUCAUCAGUGCUGACAACAAGGUCAUCAUCAUUCAGCCUCAAGUGCAGGCACAGCCCGAGAGCACGGCAGAGUCACGGCCACCCACGGAGGAGCCAUCUCAGGGAGCUCAGGCCACCAAAAAGAAGAAGGAAGACCGGCCCCCGACCCAGGAGAACCCUGAGAAAAUCGCCUUCAUGGUAGCGCUAGGCCUGGUUACCACAGAACACUUGGAAGAAAUCCAGAGUAAGCGACAGGAGCGGAAGAGACGAAGCACAGCCAACCCUGCCUACAGCGGCCUCCUGGAGACCGAGAGGAAACGGCUGGCCUCCAACUAUGUCAACAACCCCCUGUUCCUCACAGCGAGAGCCAAUGAGGACCCCUGCUGGAAGAAUGAGAUCACCCACGAUGAGCACUGUGCUGCCUGCAAGCGAGGUGCCAACCUGCAGCCCUGCGGUGCCUGCCCGGGGGCCUACCACCUCAGCUGCCUGGACCCGCCCCUCAAGACGGCGCCCAAGGGUGUGUGGGUGUGCCCCAGGUGCCAGCAGAAGGCCUUAAAGAAAGACGAGGGUGUGCCCUGGACUGGGAUGCUGGCCAUCGUGCACUCCUAUGUCACCCACAAGACAGUCAAAGAAGAGGAGAAACAGAAGCUGCUGCAACGAGGCAAUGAGCUGCAGAAUGAGCACCAGCAGCUGGAGGAGCAGGACCGGCAGCUGGCCUCAGCAGUGCAGAGAGACUGGAAAAGACCACACAGCACAGCGGGCAAGAGAAAGAGCAGAAAGGCGGCUGGGAAGCCGAAGGUCUCCGAGGCUACUGCGGAAAUGCCUGGAGUUGAAGACAAGCCUGCUGGCCCGCCAGAGGGGGACCCAGUCAUCCCUGGACCGCCUGCGGGCCCUCCUGAGACUGAUACAGGGCGAGCAGCUGCUGCAGGUCACCAUGACGACCACUAACCCCGCCCCACUGCUGGCCAGGCCCUGGACCAAGCCCUCAGUGGCAGCCACACACCCCACCCUCCAGCACCCACAGGGCCACAACUGACCCCGAGGGACCCGUCUUCACACCCACGGAAAGUUAUUGGGAGCCUGCUUACACAGCCUGGGGGUUCUGUCGGCCUUAACUCAUGAACACUAUGAAUUUCAGACAAAAAUUAACCACACAGAGGAGAGGAGGUGGAAAGAGCUGGGCCAGAGGCCCAGAGCCAGGACCAGGUGGGGAUGUGGCCCUGUGCCCUCUGCAUUUACAGGGGUCAUCUAAGGGCCAGGUGGGGGUAUGACAGGCCGGGCCACACAGUCAGCCCCACCCCCGGCCACCUCAGGGCCGCCUGAGCCUCCAGCUUCCAGGCCCUGCUCUCCACAGCCUCCCUCUGGCCUGUCGGAGGGGACAAGCACACUGCCCAGCACACGGUCCCCGCUGAGGGCAGCGCCUCUUGGUGUCCUGUGGGAGGGGAGCUGAGAACGCACGGACAUAGCUGAGUGGUAGAGGUAGUUGGGACGAGAAGCGGGUAGCGGGUCUAGGUAGUUCCCUGAUGCCCCACACUCCUAGGAGGCCCACCUGCGGCCGGCGGGCCUAGGGCACCCCCUCACCUUUGCAGAACCGCGCGGGCCCCUUUCUGUCAGUAUUAUUAGGGUUACGAAUUGCAGCUGUUUCACUUGAAAGACAUUGUCCGGGGCACGCGUGUCUGGGUGCCAGGACGCUGCAGUGGUCCCCACCAGGGCCUCUGCCCCUCCUGCUCCGUCUUUGGGGCCCUCAAGGCUGGCUUCUUUCUUUUGCCAAUCUCUUGGACUCCGUUUGCUAUUGAUCCGUUUUUCUCAUGGAGUUUCUGGGCAGGGUGGAGCCGCAGCCGUGCAGGGUGGGGGCAUUGGGCAGGAUUUCUCUUUGGGGUUGAAUCAUUCAACUUACAGCUGAAGCCUUUUCUUGCCUCCUUUGGAAGAGCCAAUAAGUUUUCCACUCUUCUUUUUUGCCAGUACAGACACUAUGCCAAAAAAUAACUUCACACUUUUGUAUGGUAUUUUUAUUGUGAGAUAUUUAAUGUGAACGGUAGGGAGGGGACUCGGGCUGACUUCUAGUAGUCUCUGCUUCAAGGUACAAAUGGGAACACCUCCCCUCGGGCAGCCUGGCCAAACUGGAAGAUACAGCGGGUUUUUUAAGAACUGAAUGGAGGACGGGGGAGGGAAGAAAGGGCGGUGGCCUGGGGAGGUUCUGGCCUUCGGGGACCAGAGUCCCCUACUCCUGCUGCCAAGGGCUCCUGCAUCCAGGGUGGGCAGUGCCAGCUUAUCACCCUCGCCCAAUGCCCACGUCCCGGCCCUGAGGGACUGAGCACAACAGGAUAUGCAUCCAGGAGCCACGGGCUCCCACCCCGAGCAUAUCACAUGGUGCCGAAUUGCACUGAACACGCGUGUGUGCAUCGCACGCGGCCAUGACCACAGACGAGCAUGCACACACGCAGAGGUGCAGAGCGAGGAGGCUGGCACAGCCCACAGACGCCAGGUCCCUCCUGUCAUUCUCACGACUCCGGGAGAAACUGUGCUGUAUGAUACAGAUCUAUUUUAAUACACUUCACACUGGGUGAACAAGAUUUUUAUAUUCUUUUAUGGAUGAACAAAGUGAACCGUGUGAGGCACACGUCUUCUAUCUUCUAUGUUGGCUACGCCGUGCCAAGUGUGCAUUACCGCGUGGCUUGCGAUGUCCAUGUCUUCAGCUUCCUUUUCUGUUCGGUUUGGUUUUCUUCUCGGAUGGAUUGAGAAUGUUAAAUGUUUUAACAGUGUAAUGGGAGGAUAUGAAAGAUUGGACCCGGGAGGGGUAGCUGCCAACGUGUCUUGAGAUUGUUAGGUUUUUUUUUUGGACCAAGGAGGACUGUCCAGUGGGUAGUGAGGAUAGAGAAAAAGUGUUUGUCUUAAAUAAUGCCGAUGUAGUUUUUCCUUCUUUACGAUGCAUUAAAGUCGAUCGAUGAUUUCAAA